AACCUGUUUUCCCGUGUGCUGAAGAUGCGUGUUGGGCCUCACAUAAUCUCGAGUGUUCCUAUCUUCCCCUUCCCCUGGGCGCAUGGUCAAACGCCAAGAAACGUAUCCUGCUGCCCAUUCGCCCGGCUGCGUCUCCACGGCCCCGGAGAGAUGAACGAUUCCACCGCAGGGGAGGCUGCAGGGUGGGUGCCGGGCUCCACCCAGCGUGUGGGUCUCCAUCUCUCUCGGUGCAAGGCCGAGUGCCGUCCACGCAGCCUUCUGGAAAGUUUCUGGGUAAUUGUUUGUGGAUCACGGCGACUGUUCUAUGCGAGGGACGGCAGAUUCGGCACGCAUCCUCAAGGAUGCACACUCGAGGGGAUGAACUCGACUCUAGGUAUAAAGGUUUCGAAGGCCUCGUCUUCAAGGACAGUUCUGAUCUUACUCUGCAUCCGCUCACUCACAUUCAUUGACUGAACUCUACAGCACACAUUCUUUUCUAACCACCAACUUCUUCACUCUUUUUCAAACAACAAUCACUUAACAACCGCAAAAAUGGUUCUCAAGUCUGGUCUUAUCGCGGCUGCCCUGGCGGCAUCCGUCAUGGCAACGCCCACCCCCAUGGACGUUACCAAGCGUGCCUCCUGCACCUUCUCCGGCUCCAGCGGUGCCGCCGACGCCAUGAAGCAGCAGGCCUCUUGCUCCACCAUCACCCUCAAGGACAUCGUGGUCCCUGCCGGCACUACCCUGGACCUCACCAAGGUCAAGGACAACACCAAGAUCAUCUUCCAGGGUGAGACCACCUUCGGCUACAAGGAGUGGAAGGGUCCCCUCGUCUCCAUUGCCGGCACUGGCAUCACCGUCGAGGGUGCCUCCGGCUCCGUCCUGAACGGUUCUGGUGAGAAGUACUGGGACACCAAGGGCUCCAACGGUGGCAAGACCAAGCCCAAGUUCUUUGCUGCCCACAAGUUGGUCAACUCCAAGAUCAACAACAUCACCAUCAAGAACGCCCCGGUCCAGGUUGUCUCCAUCAACCAGUGCGACGGCCUCACCAUCAACCAGAUGACCAUUGACAACUCCCUCGGCGACUCCAAGGGUGGCCACAACACCGACGGCUUCGACAUUGGCGAGUCCAACAACAUCAACAUCAACGGCGCCAAGGUCUACAACCAGGACGACUGUGUCGCCAUCAACUCGGGCACCAACAUCAAGUUCGACUCCGGCCUCUGCUCCGGCGGCCACGGCCUGUCCAUCGGCUCCGUCGGCGGCCGCGACGUCAACACCGUCAGCGGCGUGACCUUCUCCAAGAGCACCGUCAAGAACUCGGACAACGGCAUCCGCAUCAAGGCCAAGAAGAACACCACCGGCAAGAUCUCCAGCAUCACCUACAGCGACAUCACCCUCGACAACAUCGCCAAGUACGGUGUCCUCGUCGAGCAGAACUACGACGGCGGCGACCUGCACGGAGACCCCACCAGCGGCCUGCCCAUCACCGGCGUCACCGUCAACGGCCUGCACGGCUCCGGCGCCAUCGCCUCCGGCGGCAAGAACAUGGCCAUCGUCUGUGGCUCCGGCGCCUGCUCCAACUGGACCUGGAAGGACGUCAAGGUCUCCGGCGGCAAGAAGUACGACUCCUGCAAGAACGUCCCCAGCGUUGUUGGCAGCUGCUAAAUCGGUGGUCUUGGGGUUUGCUGAUCACGCCCAACUUUUCGGGUGGUGCAUCUAGCUGGUGAGGUGUCUUUCUGUAUAUAAAUUAGCUUUAGAGUCGCUGGGCGUUUCGUUGUACAUACUUGGCAAAUGCUAUUCAGCUGUCCGAACA